AUGUCGUCGCCUGGGAUUCUCCUCGUAACCAUGACGCCCAAACCGGGACUCGCUCCCGCCCAGUUCCAUGAAUGGUACAAUAAUGAGCAUGGACCAGCUCGCCUCCGCAUGUCAAACAUCUUCUCAAACGGCUUCCGCUAUAGGGCCGCGUCCCCUGGCCAGCCAGCCUUCAUGGCCGUCUACGACGUCACCGCCAUGGAGCACCUGGAGACUGAGGCUUAUGCCAGCCUCCGCGCCCGCCGCUCGCUGAGAGAAGCUGCUACCAUUGGCCAGGUCCAAGUUAAGCGGUACUUGUACGAUCUGCUCCUUACCAAGCAAUCGGCCUCGUUUACACCAAUUGAGCAUCUGACGGAUCGGCAGGCCGACGGGAUAGUCACCGUUGCUGUGGAAAUCACCCCUACGGCUUCCCAAGGCGAUGGCGACCACUGCCAAACGUGGUUCACGCAGGAGCAUUCGGAAAGUCUGGCAGAGGUGCCCGGCUGGCUGAGAUCGCGGCUGCUCAAGACGUCGACGUUGGAGGGUACUGGGAAAGAGGUGGUCUACCUUUGUUUGCACGACUAUGCAAAGGAGAAUGGCCUGAGAGGGCCGGAACACCAAGCGUCCAUGGAUGCGCCGUGGAGGAAAAAAGAACCUUACCACUGUGUUGCCUCGAAAGGCCGGCAGGUCUGGUCCCUGUUCUACGUCUUUGGACCAGCUCCACGAGAUCUCUCGUCACUGUCUGAGCUUCCGGCCUCUGCCCGUUUCGCAAGUGCUGACGGUAAAACGCGCACAGAGGCCGGGUCGGAAGCCGUCAUUUCUUCAUGCGUCACCACCCAGGACUCGCUGGCCAUACCCUAUCGCCUGGAAGGAAACCCUUGCCCGCGAGCACCCGUCGUCGCCUUUUCCAACUCUCUCCUCACCUCGCUACACAUGUGGGACGCGUUCGUUUCCAUCUUGAAGAGGAACAGGCCGGAGCUUGGCAUCCUGCGUUACGACACGCGCGGACGUCACGCCAUUCCCCAACCGCCCGAGGCCGCUACCCUUGAGACGCUGACAGACGACUUGCGCCACGUUCUCGAUGCCGUCCGAAUCACGAAACUGCACGCCCUUGUCGGCGUGUCGCUGGGCGGUGCUACCGCGCUCAGCUUUGCCAUGAAAUAUCCCGCGCGCCUCGACAAAUUCAUCGCCUGCGACUUCAACACCACGUCCAGUCCGGCAAACACCCAGGCAUGGAAGGACCGCAUCGCCAUGGCAGAACGAGACUCGGGGGAGGGUAUGGGGAAACUUGCUGGCCAGACUGUCGCGAGGUGGUUCCACCCAGCCUCGGCUGAUAAGAAGGAACUCGCGGAGGAAAUGGCCAAGAUGGUAGCUGCCAACAGCGUGGAGGGGUUCAGAAACAGCUGCACUGCGCUGUGGGACUAUGACCUGAAGCCAAAGAUGAAGGAAUGCAGCGUGCCUGGCAUGUUUGUUGUCGGUCAGGGAGACGCAAUAGGGGUGGUCGAGGCCAUGGAAGGGUUCAGGGGGUUAUUGGGCGACAAGGGAGCCGUGCUGAAGGUUGUGCGGGAUACGGGACAUCUUCCCAUGUUUGAAGACGCAGAGGCCUUUUGGGCUGCCGUCAAGGAGUAUUUAUAG